AUGUAUAAGCGGAUCAAACAGGUGUACCUGGGUCCAGCAUGUGACGUCUAUGAAGGACAACUGCCUGAAGGUACACGUGUGGCUCUUAAGGUGGUGGAUCUUGAUUUUGUAAGAAAACCACACGAUUUCAGAAGAGAAGUGAAGAUUCUACGAGAUCUCAGUGAGAAGAAGAACCCACACAUUGUGCCAUUUAUAGACGCUUACAAGGAGCCCAAUGGUGAAGAUGACGUACUUGUGAUGCCCUUCUACGAAACAGAUUUGGUCUCGUUGGUGCAGCAGAGCAUGAAACGGAAAAUGAAGUUUAACUUGGAGGAUCCAUCCAAGAACAAGUUCCAGGAGCAGAACACGCUAGACUUAGACGCGUGUCGAAGAAUUCUGUUUGGCCUAGCCGAGGCUGUUCAAUUCCUUCACGAAAAUCACAUCAUCCACCGUGACAUCAAACCAGCCAAUGUGUUCAUCAGCGAUGGCUUCAAACCAGUCUUGGGUGAUUUUGGCAUAUCGUACCCUGUGGACACCCCGCCGGCGCUGGAACCGUGGAACGAGAAAGUCGGAGAUAUCGCUACAGGCUGGUACAAGCCGCCAGAGCUCUGUUUUGGCGUCACUGACUACUCGUAUGAGGUCGACCUCUGGCUGUUGGGCAUACUCGUGCUGUACUUGUACUCCAAGGAUGGGAAGCCGGUGAAUUGCGUGGUUGAUGAAGACGAGAGAGAAGAAAUGCCGGAACUCAACGAUUUUGUUUUGCUUCGAGGGUUGUUCAAAAACUUUGGAACUCCAACGGUGACAGACCAGCUGAGCGAGUUGUACUGGGCCAAGAUGGCCAGCGAGGAGUACCACUUUGUGAAGUUCAGGUAUGACGAGUACCCGAGAAAGGCAGUGAGGGAGUUGUUGCCUCGGUGUAGAGAUCCGGAUGUUCAGGCGUUGUUCAGCGGUUUGACGAGGUACGAUAACAGGGUGCUUCGAACGGAGGAUGCGCUUAUGAGGAACGGGGAUUGA